AUGUUCAAACUGUUCGUAUUCGCCUGCUUCCUGGCCUUCGCUGCCGCUAAGCCCAGCGUGUUUCCUGUGGCAUACACAGCAGCAGCGUACACCGCUCCCGUCGCAGCGGCGUACACAGCCCCCGUAGCGUACUCGGCCUAUACCGCUCCUGUCGCGUACUCGGCCUAUUCUACUUAUGGAUACGCUUCUCCAUACGCCGCUGCUUACUAUGUGCGCUGA